AGAAAUAGAUAACAAAGUGCUCCUUAAUAAUUUUAUAACAGUAAACAAAAAUCGAAGGCAAAAAUAAAAAUUAGAAAUUUAAUUUAAGUAGUACUGAAAGAGCAAUUUUCCCUACAUUUUUCAUCAUGAAUCGUAGUGUUGGAAUACUUAAUUCGAUGUCAAGAAUAAAAAAGGGCAUUGCUCUAAGUCCUGAUAUUUGGAAGUUUUCAUAUUCAGUUUUGAGCAGGCUGUAUUCUUCAGAUGAAAAUAGAAAAUCAUGGACUGUUUUAUCUAAUAAUGGACAGAUUAUAUGUUGUUGGCAUCCAGAAGAAGCACCUCCAUAUGAACAUACUAAACCAUUGCCUGAUAUAGCUCCUGAAUUUCGUGAGGGUGAUUCGGUUUUAAAAGUGCAGUACAGACGUGACGCUAAAAUUCGAUUUCAGCCGGAUGGACCUACUAUGGAGGAAUUAGCAAAGAUGACUUAUACCACAAAACAUAGAUGGUAUCCAAACAAUGAAAAGAAAUAUUUAGAUCCUGAACCAAUCAAUCGGGAUGGAAUUUGAUACAUUAAAAGGAUAAUUGUAAAUAACUUCAAAAUCUGAAUUUUAUUGUGUUUAUUUAAUGAUGUAUUCGCAUGUUAAUUCUUUCAUAAAACAUUUAGUAAUAAAUGAUUGUAAGUAGUCUGA